AUGCAUCGACUCCCCCGUGCCUUUAGGCUGCGGCAACAACAGAUAGUGUCGCCUCGUCUGAACCGAAUAUCGCAACGGCGAAUACAGUCGCAGACAGUCUACAAACCGAACGGCGAACCUGUGCGAUAUCAAGCGGUUCGAUUCAAGAAGCCAGGCCUCACUCUCCGUCGCACAGCCACCAUCGGUCUCUACACUGGUUGCAUCUACGCCUACAUCAACAUCAUUGGACGCUACCUCGACAUCGAGCUUGUGGAUGACGAGGAGCUGGAGGAUGAAGUUGAUGAGGAAGACGACGGCGAAGGUCCAUACUAUGCGGACGAGGACAGCACCUUCAUACCCAUGACUUGGGCUACCAAGAUGCCUCGGACGUUCUACCGCGGCUCAGAUCCAGAGUGGCAAGAGUUCGUCAAGGUAGCGAAGGAUAAGCAACGGCAUCGCAAGAUUCAGGACGAGCUGGUGCAGAUCGUGUUCACCGGAUCACAACAGCAUCCAGGCAUCCACAGGCAACUGGGCAAUGAAGCGAAGAUUGGGAAGUACUGGUUGGACAUCUCAUUCCCUGAUGGCCCACCACAAGAGUUUGAGCGCAGCGGACUCGAGAUCGGAGACGGAUUCAUCGCUUGGAGUCAGCAAAGGAUAAGUCCAGAGAACCAGUGGCGACUCAUGCGCGCACUCUAUCCCAAGGCUGCCUUCGACUCGAUAUGGGCAACGACGAAGGUGUUGGCAGGCAUACAAUAUCGGAGAGUCAAGCAAGCGUUGGGCUGGGAAGGCAGGGAUCCGUUCAGCCCGGAGGAGCGAUACAGGCACGCCAUGGACAUGAUGCAGAAGCAGCAGCAAGUGCGAGAGAGGAAAGAAGUUGGCAAGGCGCAGAUGGAUCCCGAUGGCAACCCAAGUGCAGUCGUUGGAAGCUCUUCGAACAACGAAGCUCAGCCGCCACGACCGUCAACUGGAGACGGAAAACGCCUGCCUUGGACCAUCAGCGUUCCGCUACCAUCUUCGAACUCCUCGACCUCGACCGACAUACCUAUCGCCAUGCAUGUCUUUCAGUCGACGCUGUCGAAACAAUGGAAUCCGAAGAAGAUGGAGCCACCUCGAGGAUCGUUCGUGGUGCAGGGAAUGGUCGAAGUGCGAGGCGCCAGAGGACGAAUGCUGUUCGAUGUGUCGGCUUGCUAUGACCCCAAAGUGGGCAAGUACGUUGCAGUCAACGCAGGUGUCCGCAACUUCAAACGCUGGAAUCAAGCUCCUCGCGGUGGCCCUUGA